AUGAACAUGCACCAGCCUGAGGCAACCCUCUCGCUGACACCACCGCGACCGACCUUCAACAGGCAACGAAGCAAUUCUCUACCUUUUACCGAGCCACUACAAUGCACCGCAACAGAGGCAGCUAUAAUGUUUGCUGCCGAGCGAGCUGUUCUCAACCGACGACAAGCUCCAUCUAAAGAUGCGACCGAGAGGAGGAGGCCGCUAUCAGCCCGCGAUCCCAGGAGGAAUCAGCAAGAUAAUAUUAGACACUCAAGACGACGACCACUAUCCAAAGAUGCACACAGGGAUAUAUCAAGUGGGGAAGAGAGCGACAGCGACGAUAUAGAAAACGUACCAGAUCAUUGGCAGCGCCAAGCCCCACGACGACUUAAUACAUCCACUAUCAAAGAAAACAAGAUUGAAUCAGCACCUGCAACUACUACCCUAGGACGUUCGAAUACCAGUCCAACAGCCAUGUACUCCGCCGGCCUUGCCAAGUUUAUCCAGGGCCGUCUGGUCUCGUUGAACUCACCGCCCGGUGGUCAACCGAUCCCAAAUCCUCGCUCAUGUCCCAACCUCUCCCAAGUCCCAAGGAAGUCUCGCUCUCAACCAGACGAGCGUCGUCAUAUCGAUAAUUCGGGCUUCAUUAGACCACCGGUGUUGAGAAGCAGCUUCUCCGCCUGGAGCACACCGGGAGACAGUUCUGCUUUCGAGGAAGAUGAGGAAGAUAUUCCCCAAACAAGCGACACGGAGAAGCCGAAGCCGUAUGGCCUUGCAAAGACCUCGACGAACACGUCGACGCCGUCAAUUUUAGACUUCUAUCAGACGUCAGCGGCCGGGUCAUCUUUUUUGCUCCCCGAUACACCCGCCGACCAGGCCGAUCAUGACGACGAGGCAGAUGACUACCUGUCUUCCCCCGCCCCUUCAACCAUCAAGCACUGCCCCAUUUCUCGAUCGGCUUCAAUAUGUACCACGUCCACCCACGCGUCCUCAAAUCAAGCAGAAGAGCCUCAGCCUCGCCAAACUCCAGGCUCCGCGUCCACAUUCAACCUCACUAUCCCAGAGAAGCGCAAAUCCUACUUCGCCGCUGUCCAAUCGCCCUUUAAGACUCUCAUGGCCAUCUCGCCCUACGAAGGCCAAGCGUUGACCAGCGUCUACGACAUGCAAGUUCACGGUUCGAAGCGGAUUGUCACUGAGGGAAUGUCGUUUGAGAUGUUUAAUGAUCUGAAGAUGUCACCGCGGCACUCGAGGGUUAUGGCGACUCCAAUCUGA